GCUGUGGUCUUGAGUAACAGUGGCCAGAACAGGUUUAAAGAUAUGGAGGUUAAAGACAUGGGAUCACACUAACGGCAGCGCGCGCGCGCGUGUGAAUGAACUUUUACCAUCCUGCAAGAGAACACCACACCAAAUGGCUGAACUAACAGACUCCCACUACUUAGGAUUUGACUUCAGCACCCAACAGCUGAAAGUUGUUGCCAUCAAUGGAAAGCUUCAAGUUAUUUACCAGAGCAAUGUCCAGUUUGAAAGCGACCUUCCAGAGUUCAGGACUCAGGGGGGGGUCUACAUCCAUGUGGACCAAGUGACUGUAACCUCUCCAGUGCUCAUGUGGGUCAAGGCACUCGACCUCCUCCUUGAGAAGAUGAAGAGUGCUGGAUUUGACUUCUCUCGUGUGAAAGCUGUUUCAGGCAGUGGGCAGCAACAUGGCAGUGUGUACUGGAAAAAGGGAGCGAGGAAAACUCUGCAGUGUCUGGAUCCGGGAAGAUAUUUACACAGCCUGCUGCAGGGUAGAUUUGCUGUCCAGGACAGUCCUGUGUGGAUGGACUCCAGUACUUCAGAGCAAUGUAAGAGCCUUGAAUGUGCAGUAGGGGGUGCUCAACAACUUGCUGAUAUCACUGGGUCACGGGCCUAUGAGCGCUUUACUGCAAAUCAGAUUGCCAAGAUCUACCAGUUUCAGCAGGACAGAUACAAUGAGACUGAGAGAAUCUCACUGGUCAGUAGUUUUGCUGCAUCUCUUUUUCUCGGUGAUUAUGCAGCUGUUGACUACAGUGAUGGUUCAGGAAUGAAUUUAAUGAAUAUCUUCACUAAAAAGUGGUCAGAGCCAUGUCUGAAAGCCACGGCACCUCGGCUGGCAGAGAAGCUGGGUAACCCCACACCACCCACUGCAGUUCUGGGCUCUGUUUCUCCCUAUUUUGUCAAGCGAUUUGGGAUGCCAGAAGACUGUAAAGUGGUGACUUUUACUGGAGACAACCCUGGAUCCCUAGCAGGGAUGCGCCUCCAGGAGGGAGAUAUAGCGGUGAGCCUGGGCACGAGUGACACUGUGUUUCUGUGGAUCAAGGAACCCAGGCCUGUGGUGGUAGGACACAUCUUCUGCAACCCUGUAGACUGCCUGUCCUACAUGGCUCUAAUCUGCUAUAAGAACGGCUCCCUGACCAGAGAAAGGAUCCGUAAUGAGUGUGCUGGAGGAUCAUGGGAAGAUUUCUCCACUGCCCUGAGGUCCAGCCCCAUGGGCAACAAUGGAAACAUAGGAAUUUAUUUUGAUGCAGUGGAGAUCACACCUCCAGCAGUUGGGAUUCACAGAUUUGAUCAGCAUGAUAAAAAAGUAGCUGCCUUCACCCUGGAGGUAGAAAUUCGAGCCCUGGUUGAAGGACAGUUCCUGGCAAAGAGAGUGCAUGCCCAAAAGUUGGGUUAUAGGAUUAUUAAAGGAACGAGAGUCCUGGCUACAGGAGGGGCCUCAUCCAACAAGGACAUACUUCAGGUUCUGUCUGACGUGUUCAACGCUCCAGUGUACACAAUCGACGUGGCCAACUCUGCCUGUCUCGGCUGUGCCUACAGAGCUGUGCAUGGACUAGCUGCUGAAAUGGGAAUGUCAUUUGCAGAGGCAGUGAAUGAAGCCCCAGAGGCACAGCUCGCAGUGAGACCAACCCCAGGAGCUGAAAAGGUCUACGGGCCUCUCCUGAAGAGAUAUGCAGAACUGGAAGAGAAGAUUCUCAAGCACACGACAUAAUGAUUCAACUCGCACAGUGUUUUUGAAAAGUCUUACUGUUUUUAAUCAGGCUUGAACAGAUGAUGACUUUAAUGUGGUUCUAUAUAAAGGACUCUGGUUUUCGGUGUGGAAAUGUGUGCGCGUUCAUUCUGAUGACUCAGUUGUGUUCAUUGUGGGCAGGAAGCAGCUCGGUGUGAGUAUUAAUUUGUCCUAACAGGUUAAAAUCUAUCACCACGUCAGGUGUAAAUGUUAAACGGCUAUUGUGUAACAUAAUUCCAAUAUGAGCUGUGAAAUGAAGGAAAACAAUAGUUGACAGGAGCUGUGUGACUCGACCUCUCCUUCCCCUUUCUGAGAUGGAGAACAGUUAUUUUCCUAUAUAUAGUGCAUGUGUGUUUCAUUGAUACUUUGACCUAAGGCUGUGUUCUAUUAAUAAAAAUCCAUCUGAGUUUCACACAUUCCCACUCAGUGUGCCUCGGCUGCCGCUUUAAAUCAAUUGGCCAUUACUCUCCAGCUCCAGCCUUCGCUGCUGCUAAAUGUGAAGUGUAUGAUAGUGUGCAUGCAUUAAUGUUGCAGUUCUGCAGAGCUCUGUAAUGUAUUUAAGGCUACACAUCAUGCAUUAAUUAAGAUCAUCACUGUGCCACUAUUUACACAUCUUUGGAUCAUAUGUUUUGCUUUUUAGCUCCAGGAGGCAUUUACUGGUGCUGAUGAUCCAUUAGUGUUACACAGACUCAGCCAUCAGCAGUCUAAAGAAACUGGUGAAUAUACAAUAUUGUGAAUGGUGAUGACUCAGAUACCUCAUGAUAUUCUUUGUUUUGUUGCAUAUAUGUUUUCUCAGCUUUAUUCCUGUGUCCAAACUAGAUAACAUCAGGAUAUUAGAGCCGCUUUGAGAAAACAUUACAGGGCUUUAUGAGUUGUUCUCCUCUAUAUAAUACUAUAUAUGGUAAAUAAACCUUUGUAACCAAGCACUUUCAUUCUGUGUUUGUUGUACACUGCACAUUUAGCACAUCUCAGGAAGAUGGGCUGAUUGAUUUUUCAUAUUAAAAUGAGACUAAUUGCAUUAAACAUAACUAAUGUAUUUUUUUUUUAAA